AUUUUAUUUGCGGAAAUUCGUGCGAGGUAUGUCGUAAUCGCGAAAAUGUCGCGUUUAUGCAUCGGUAAAAUUGAAGCGAAUUACGUGGUGGUGGGACGGUCUUCCUAUGAUUUAUCUUUAAAUCGGCCCUUAGAGACGUUAAUUGCGCCAAUUAUUUAGUGAAAUAGACAGAAUAAUUUCGUUUCCUUUUUAACACUUGCGAUUAGAGUGAUUGUACUGUUUUUACAAGUUCAAUGUAAUUGCGGUUUUGCGGUAUUAAACAAUGCGUGGGUUGGUAGUUGUUAACUACAUAUGAUGUCUAAUGGAACUUGUGUUAAAUAAUUUCAGUGUACCAAGUGCUGUUUGUGUUGUUUGCCGUGUUAAUUAACUUAAACUUGAUACGGCUCUUCAAUUACGUUAAAAGUUGGAAAAAUGGCGGGGAGUGUUUUACAAGAUCGUGACUAAAGCCCGGAAGAUCCCAACGGCAGUGGAAGCGCAAAAAUGAAAUUUACACCAAUUCAUCUAAUCGGCCUUAAAGCGAACGCCCGGAUUACCUAAUUAAAUAAACGUCAAAGUGAUUAACGACAAUGUAUGAUAACAUCACCACAACUCCCGCUACGAAUUCGACAACUGACGAACAAUGGCACAACGUGGUAACAAAGGUGACCAUCUCCACAAUAAUGAUUUUUAUUAUUGUGGCAGCCAUACUCGGCAAUCUUCUGGUUAUCGUAUCGGUAAUGAGGAACCGCAAGUUGAGAAUUAUAACGAACUAUUUCGUAGUUUCUUUAGCUUUGGCCGAUAUGCUAGUAGCGAUGGUGGCCAUGACUUUUAAUUAUAGUGUGCAGAUAUCAGGAAAGUGGCUUUUUGGGCGAUUUAUGUGUGACUUUUGGAAUUCGAUGGAUGUCUACUUUUCGACGGUUUCCAUACUACAUCUAUCGUGUAUUAGUGUCGACCGGUACUUUGCAAUAGUGAAACCGUUAAAGUACCUCAUGUACAUGACCAAGAAGGUCGUGGCAAUAAUGUUGGUGGUUAUAUGGACGGGUCCCGUUGUACUCUUACUACCUAUUUACAUGGGUUGGUAUACCACAAAAGAACAUUUGGAGGAGAUGGAGAAAAACAGAGAACUUCAGGAAUGCUCUUGGAUUGCAAACAAGCCAUAUGGCAUUAUAAGUAGCUCUGUUUCGUUUUGGAUUCCAUGUGCGAUAAUGAUCUGCAUGUACUUAGCUAUAUUUAGGGAGGCCAAUCGACAGGAAAAGGCCCUUUUUACUAGACAAGGUAACGCCAUGUUGCUGCAUCAAAACAACACCAACGGAGAUAUGCUCUCUAAUUCCGGCGGAUCAUCGAAGAAUCUGACUAUGCACGAGGUAAACCAGGGCUUACAUCACACGCCAACUAAGGAUCGCAAUAUAAUGAAAAUGAAACGUGAGCACAAAGCUGCUAGGACUUUGGGUAUAAUUAUGGGUGUUUUCAUUUUGUGUUGGCUUCCAUUUUUCGUAUGGUACGUUACCACGACGUUAUGCAAGAGCUGCUACAAUCCAGAGGUAUUGGUAACGACAGUAUUUUGGAUUGGUUAUUUUAAUUCCACUUUGAAUCCCGUCAUUUACGCCUACUUUAAUAAGGAGUUCAGAGAGGCAUUCAAGAACACGCUUGAGUGCAUAUUUUGUAGCUGUCGGCGACGCUCUUCCGAUUUAGAUGGUUUAGAUGUAAGAAGACCUUCGAUACGGUACGAUGACAGGACAAGGAGCGUUUACUCCGAGACUUACCUAAAAAAUAUCGACAGGCGUAGCUCCGAGUACGGGUCAAGUCUCUGAGUAAACGUACCUAGUAGUGGACUAACGACUACUAGUUUUUAAGUCCACUACUAGCCUUGUUCUUUUCGUUAAUGGUGCUAAUCUCUAGGGGUUACGUUAAUAAUUGAGUUCAUUGUAUGAGCGAAAGUGUAGCGUGAUGUGAUUUAAAGUGAUAUAAUUUUUAUAUUAGACUUAGGUAGAGCCUAUAGCUUAAAGUUUGCAAUUUUUUACGUGUAUAUAAUCACUUAUAACGCACCUAAAGCAAAACAUUUUUAUGUUUAUACUAUUAAUUAGAGUACUUUCUGGCGUAAUCGUACCAGAUUAAUAGAAAACAGCGAAAGAUACCUAAUAAGUAUAAAAUUGCUGCCUAAAGCAACCGAAAUUAUUUAGGGGAUUAAACUUUCGGAGCGUAGAGAACUUAUUGAGAAUUUAUUGAAUGUCAUAAUUUUACAGCAGAGGCAGAUUAAGACGAUUAAAAACCAAGUAAUUUAUUUCUGGACCGUCUUCUAUAUUCGAAAUUCGUGCUGAUUCAAUUAAAUUUUCUACCUUCUUCGCUAAUUGUAAUAUACCUAUACCCCCGAAGUAAUUUGAAUAUUUUUUUAAUGAAUCUUCGGCUUUUUCCUUUCAAAGAACUUGGUUGACAGAAAUUGAUAUUAUUGUGAUGUUAAGUUUUAUUAUUCUAGUCAUCUUAGAAUUUAGAAUCCCUAAAUUGUAUUAUUAAUUUAUUUUAAUAAGAAUGAGACAGAUCAAUACUUUUAUUACAUGACACCUCAUGACACUUUUAACGUAGUGUAAAGCCCCUAGUAGUACUAGUGUCCAGUAUUGGAGGAACGCUGUGCAAUGCUAGCCAAAGUUUGCAAAGAAGACGGCUUUUUUAUAUUUCAGGGUCGCAUUUAUAGGAACCAGGGAGUGCCUGUUUCCUCUAAAUACAGGAAUACAGGAAAAUGACACACUGGGUAGAGUGUGACUGGAGUCUUCCUUUACUAAGUUUUCCCGAUAAUCACGAGUCUACUUUUGCAGAAAAUUAUGCCAAAGUUUUAAGCAAUAAUUAGUUUAAUUAAUAUCCUGUGAUAGCAGUUUGUAGAUGUAUACCCUGCUGAAAAAUUCUGUCAUUCGAUUAUUGCGUUACUGUAGAAGGACGAAUUUGACUUUAGUUGUGUUUCUUUCAGUAGUGAUGUUUGGUUCAAUCUAGUACAAGUGUAUUGUAGCAAAAGCGAUCUUUUUGAAUUUAAAGUGAAGCCUACUUAACAUGUAGUCGAGAAAUCUUGAAUAAACGAAUAUAUCCAAAUAACGUUGCUGUAACUCGAUGUUCGAUGUUUUCAAGUCCUAAUGUACUUACUCUCUACUGUAAAAAAAUUUAAUUGAUAUAGUUCUUACAAAAUUCCAUAAAAGUAUAGUAGCGAUAUACAAUCAUUACUUAGCAAAAUGUGCAAUUAAGAAAAAUGUGAAUUUAGAUAUUGGGACGUAAAAUAAUCAUCUAUUUUACAAACUUUUUUGUGUACUUUUGACCAAUGAAUUUUGUAAAGCAUUUCUUAUAAGUGGGAUCAUAAUAUUAUUAAACAAAACAAUACAGGACUAAUACAUCGAAAUAGCAUAACCUGACGAUUACUUUGCGCAUUUAAACCAAUCACACCAUACGAAGGAGAUUUUUUCAUGUAUACGUCUUCCUUUCAAUGUCCAAGUGUUCGAUAAUUAUUCAGAAAGUCAAAAUCGCGUAGA